AUGCGCCGCUGCGUUCGACGCCUGCACACCUACACGUCGUCGCUGCGGAUCAAGGUGCCAGUGGUGCGGCAGCGUGGCGUCCGGGGUGAUCAAGAUCAGAAAUGGAAGAGUACGUAUAGGGUGAUCAAUCGGUACAACCGCUACCUGCUCUUACUUUUGCGAGUUACUUUUGUCUCUCUCUUUUACCUUUGCCUUCCUCCCCACGCUCGCAUCCCCUAUUCCCCUCCCGUCCCGUCCCCAGCCAGCGCGUCGUCACCUCCUCUCCGGACCCGGUGCCGCUCAUCGCCCGCCGCCGGCGCCGGAACCUUCCCCGACGACGAGAUGCUCGGCGACUCCGGCGGCAACAGCGGCGGUGUUCCCCGGUCCGGCCGCAACGGGUGGACGUGGCUGGAGACGCUGGAUCUCAUCAGGAUCCGGUCGGAGAUGGCCACCACCUUCUGCGACGCCACCUUCAAGGCUCCCCUCUGGGAAGAGGUCUCCAGGAAGCUCGCGGAACUGGGCUACGAGAGGAGGAGCGCCAAGCGGUGCAAGGAGAAGCUUGAGCAGCUGCGCAAGUCCUACAAGCGCGCCGAGGAAAGCCGGGCCGGCAGGCAGGACGGCCAGAGCUACCUCUUCUCCCAGCCGCUCGACGCGCUGUACGCCGCCACCGCCCGUGCGUGGCAGCAGCGGCGCCAGGAGCAGUUGAUGCUGAUGAUCCUUGGCGGACCCCAGCGGUUGCACGCCUUCUCAGCGCCGCGGCCGACGAGCGCAAUGCCGCAGCCGCAGCCGCCGCCGCCGGGGCCGAUCCAGCCGGCUCCCAUAUCCUGGGCGGCUCCUGCGGCGGCGGUGGAGCUUCCCCAGCAGCAACCUCCUGUCAGUCUGCAAGGUCUGAGCUUCCCGUCCAUGCCCGAUUGUGAGUCGGAUGACGGCGCGUCCGAGGGUGACGAGAUGGCGGCGGCAGGAUCCGGAGACGGCCUCGGCAACCGCAAGCGCAAGCGCGGCGGCGGCGGCAGCAAGAAGAAGAUGGAGGCUUUCGUGGAGGGGCUGAUGAAGCAAGUCGUCCAGAGCCAGCAGGAGAUGCAGCAGCGGUUCCUGGCGACCAUGGAGAAGAGGGAGGCAGAGCGCGCGGCGCGGGACGAGGCCUGGCGCCGGCAAGAGGUGGCCCGGCUGAAGCGCGAGCAGGAGCAGCGGGCGCACGAGCGCGCCGCGGCGGCCACACGCGACGCCUCCAUCAUCGCCUUCCUCCAGCGCGUCGGCGGGCAGGCCGCACAAGUCGUCCCACCCUUCGUCAUCCCUAUGCCCACGCCGAUGCAGUUCCAGACCCCGCCGCCGCUACAGGCCACGCUGCAGCCCAUCCCAGCCGCGCCGCUCCCGCCGCGGCGGGCCACGCCGCCGCCACAGCCGCAGCCGCAGCCCAUCCCAGCUGCGCCGCUCCAACGCCAGUCACCGCUGCAAGCACCACAGGCACAGCACAGGGAGACGACGCACGAAGAGGCGCACCGACCCCGAAUUGUGCUGGCUCGCCAUCACUCGCCCUGGAUCCCGCCGCCAUGGAGCAGUACUUGUCCGAAGUUUGCAGAUCACACCUAGCUUACUAGGAGUAGCAAUUUUUAUGUUCAAGAUUGUUAAAAUCAAAACAAACUUAUUACUA